AUGUCUUCCCACAACCAUACUCACUCUGAUGUGCUGACCUUCCUUCUGCCCAGCCUCCCAGGGCCAGGGGCCCCAGGACUCCUCAGCAUCCUUGGUUUGACCUAUAGCACCACCCUUCUGGGAAAUGGUCUGCUCCUUCUAACCAUCUGUGCCAACACCUACCUGCACCAACCUCAGUUCUCACUUCUGGCACUGUUGGCCACUACAGACCUGGGUCUGGCCCUUUCUAUGCUGCCUACCAUCUUGGAUGCGCUAUGGUUCCCAGUUCCUACUAUCUCUAGGGAUGUUUGCAUCCUCCAGAUGUGCUGCCUUUAUACCAUCUCCACUGGGCAGUCCUCUGUGCUGCUGGCUAUGGCCUUGGACCGUUGGUUAGCUGUGUGUCAUCCUCUCUACUAUUUGGCAUUUUUUACCCCCAGCCGCCUUGCCUGGACCAGUCUGGCUUUCAUCCUCCGGGCCACCAUCCCACUGCUGCCCACUCCUUUGCUAAUAUCCUCUUGCAGUACUUGUAAUCUCUCCCUUCCUUUCUGCUUCCCAACAGAAGUGCUGCAACUUUCCUGUGGAGGACGGGGCUGGACAUACCUAGCUGUGUCUCUGCUCACUACAGUUAGUAUGGAUAUAGUUCUCAUUACUAUCUCCUAUUGUCUGGUUCUCUGGGAAGUGGUGAAGAGGGUAUCUCCUGCUUGGCAGCACAAAGCCCUGAGAACAUUCACUGCCCACAUCUGUGCCCUCCUGGUAUUUUAUGGACCACUUUUUGUUUCAGCCCUAUUCCCUGGCUCACUUCCAGGAAGCCUCGUCUCUCUUGGCCUUCUUGCAUCCCCUGCCAUCCAUCCCCUUGUCUAUGGUAUAUACUCUCAUCGGCUCCGGCGUGGGAUGCUUGGUGUCCUUGGUUGCCCAUCAACUUUAAGAGUUGCCCCCAGACCGAAAAGGUCACAUCCUUAG